GACGAAAGAAGACAAACUGAGAAGAACAACCAUCGGAAACGGGCACAGACACAGAGUUGGCUAACAAAUAAAACAGAAUUGCUGAGAAACAACGCAGGUGAAAUCCUGACUCAAGGAUUUGAAGACACAAGUUAAGAAGUGCAAGAAAAGAGAAACAGAGAUGAUCAUGCUUGUCUUUUCUCUUAUAUUGAUGUGUGUCAGUUUCAGCGGCACCACAAAUGGAUCUGAGGUGAACUGUGUUGCAGUGGUCAAAAUGCCACGAAAUACUGUGUUUGUAGCUCCUGUUAUGACUGAGUUGAAGAUAAACUGUACUGUAACUCUACAUGGAUGUCCCAGGAACCCAAGAAUCAAAUGGUGCAAAAUCACUGGAAAUGACUGUAAAGCUUUAAAUUACUCAAAUCACAUAAGGUCUGAAUGGAAGAACUUCACAGAACAUGGAGGGAUGGCUUUCCUGGUUUUCCUGAACAUCUCAAUGGAGGAUACAGGUUUCUACAGAUGUAAAGAAGGUGACACCUCUGUAAGUCAUGCUAUUAAUGUGACUGUGACAGAUAAUGUGGAGGAUAAGGUUUCACAAAAUCAAAGCAACCCAAUAUUAGGUGAUCUGAACACACCUCCAACGGAUGAUCUGGGGUGGCUCUGGCCAUAUGUGUACACCUGCAGUGGAACAGUGGGGCUGGUCUUCAUGGCGGUAUCAUUUUUUUAUGUCGUGAGGUGCCAAGGGAGAAACUGGACAAGAAAAGAUAUGGAAAAUAAAAAUCAGUACAUGGACAAACGAAAAAAUGACCUGCUUCAUCUUCCUCAUCUCUGUCUGGACUCAGACCUGCUGACCUAUGUUGUAUACCGUGUUUAAGAAACUAUACUGCCCCAGUGACAGUUUUGUACUAUUUCUGUACCAGUGUACCUUUGAUAUAUGUCAGUGCAGCAUCAGAAGAGCAGAAUGUUCUUUUAUAUGCUUCUGAAUCAUCAGGCAAUGUCAAGAGAGCUUUUAAGAUUAAAUGAUAAGAAUUAUUCAGAAAUUCAGUUCAUAUAUUCCAGUUUAGAUUGCUUUGAAAUAGUAACAUGAUCAACCGUGGAAGAUAAUACUUCACACUUGCUUCAAAAAUGCUGUGUUGUUUUAUUUGUGAAUUGCUGAUUGUUAAUAACUUUUUUCUUUAAUAAAUUCCUUAUAAAACAUAAAGAAAAUACAUUUCACCAUUUUAUAUUUUUUGC